AUGGUGUACACUUCGUUGACUGAGGCUCCUCACAACCUCAAGGAUGGCAUUGACUGGUUGAUAGCCCUGAGAGGAACUGACGCGGAAGCAAACCUCAAAGCUAUGGGCGCCGCAAUUCACAAAUUACUUGCAGACAAGCCAGUUGGGUAUACGGAGGUCCCAGGUCUCGAGGCAGUCAAACAAAUUUCCAAGGAGUUCAUGGAGAAACCGGAGCUUAAGUACCAUUGGUGCGUGGAAAGAUUGCUGAAAAGGUUCAACAAACCUAUGGGUAAGGCCCCCAGCCUGUUAGAGAAGUGGUUUGGAAUUAUAGCCGAAAGCGAUUAUGCGAAUGUCGUACAGAACCAUGGUUUCGACCGUCAAGCCAUGUCAGAUAAGUUAGCACAAGUUGUGGACAGCUGCGAUAAAUUCUUAAAUGAGAUGAAAGACCCUGACCAUUAUACGUCUGCUUACGGUUCUGAUGCGACGUGGGCUAAAUCAUGCGCAAAAGAUCCGGAAGCUUGUGCAGUGAUCCUCGUGGGUGUUGCGCCAAUGCUGUACACAGGCUUGCGUUCUUUGUGGGAUGUGAGCUUUUUUGCAGCCAAGAAGAUUCCACCAUUUAACUCGAAGAGACGUUUAUUAGAUAUGUUGAAAGCCGUAGGUUACGGAGAGCCGGUGUGCCCCGCUGGCAUAGGUGCGUCAGAUGUCCGUAAGGCGUUUAAUCUUAUGGAGGUCGACAUAUUUACAACACUUUACGACCUCGGCGGAUUUUGGGCUUUCUAUGGAGAUAAGAAUGCAGCAAAUUCAAAAUCUUUAAGAGAUGUAGCACCUGCGGAUUCUGUAGAAGGUGAAGGACGUGUGGGUGAAGAACCUGAGGGUGAAGAACCUGAGGGUGAAGAACCUGAGGGUGAAGAACCUGAGGGUGAAGCAUCUGAAGGUGAAGCAUCUGAAGGUGAGGAAUCUGAAGGUGAAGACUCUUCGUAA